AUGGAGAAACUGGAUGAAGUAACCGUAUCCAUCCUUAAAGCUGCAAGCAUUGACGAGCGAAUGCUUUUAACAUUGAACCGUGAUGAUCUGAGGGACCUGUUUCCUGGGCCUGAGCACUUUAUCAGAAGAAAACAUGUGUGGUCAAUAAUUCAUCCUGAGGAAGACCAUCCUGUACCACAGAAACCUGAAACAACUUCACCCAGAGUUGCAACAGCCAGCCCUCGAACUGCUGAUGCGUAUAAAAGCCCGCUGAAAACCUUGCAGCUACCCAGUCCUCCGGAAUAUGUUGUCUACACAGACACAAGCAAAGACCAAAUGGAGCGAUACCCCUCUAAGACCGAAAUCACUGCAAUGGCAAAAAGAAUUGUGGAAUAUUAUCCUAUGCUGCAGGAUCAGGAUACUAGCGUGAAACAUGAGAGCAUUAAUGCCAAGUUGCAAAAAAGGCUGCAAAAUAUAAAAACUCCAACCAAAAAGCAAGGACCAACACCUGACAGGGGACGGCCAAAGAGAAGGCUCACUGACCUCUCUCCGAGUGAUAAAGAAGCUGAUGAUGAAGAUGCUGAUUGCAGUUCUUCAGUGGUGCAUCUACUCUGCUGUUAUCGCCCGCCAGCAAUUCUGAUGAUGCCUCCACUUCAUCUAUUAGACCUCGAGUUUGAAGCCAGAAGAGCCUUCAUUGACUCUGACUCCAUGAAGGAGGAGAACAGAGCGUCACUCAUCUUGGAUGCAUAUCCUUGCUUCAAAGAAUUGCAUCAUGCGUUGGGUGAGCUGCGCAGAAUUUUGGAGCCAGAAAACAAGAAGUUCAUAAGUCAGAUAAAACUAAGAUGGGAGGAAUUCUGCUCCAGGGUAGAAUUCUAUGGCGUGUCAAAGAAGGCAAUGAAGCCGCCGAUGACCAUGGACAAAACUGAAGCCCACCUUGCAUUGAUGAAGGCUCUUCCAACGCUCUUUCCCUCACCUGCCCAUCCACCAAAAAAGAUGGGGACUCCUUGUCAAGCGUUUCUACAUGUCCUGAAGCCUACAGAAGAUCCAGAUUCUGUCCUCCAGAAACGAAGCUUGCCAUGUCCAGUAGUGGUGUUCGAUGGCAGCAAGUGUGUCAUUGCAGUUGAAUAA